AGAGCUGAGCAGGGCCCUGGAGAGAUGGCCACGGUCCCAGCAGCGGGGAGGACUGGAGAGUGCGCGCUGCCACCACCCCAUGUCUCAGCCAGGGCUUCCUUCCUCGGCUCCACCCUGUGGAUGUAAUGGCGGCCGCUGCUCUGUCCUGGCGUCUGCCCCUCCUCAUCCUCCUCCUGCCCCUCGCUACCCCUUGGGCAUCUGCAGCCGUGAAUGGCACUUCCCAGUUCACAUGCUUCUACAACUCGAGAGCCAACAUCUCCUGUGUCUGGAGCCAAGAUGGGGCCCUGCAGGACACUUCCUGCCAAGUCCAUGCCUGGCCGGACAGACGGUGGUGGAACCAAACCUGUGAGCUGCUCCCCGUGAGUCAAGCAUCCUGGGCCUGCAACCUGAUCCUUGGAGCCCCAGAUUCUCAGAAGCUGACUGCCGUGGACAUCGUCACCCUGAGGGUGAUGUGCCGUGAAGGGGUGCGAUGGAGGAUGAUGGCCAUCCAGGACUUCAAACCCUUUGAGAACCUUCGCCUGAUGGCCCCCAUCUCCCUCCAAGUCGUCCACGUGGAGACCCACAGAUGCAACAUAAGCUGGGAAAUCUCCCAAGCCUCCCACUACUUUGAAAGACACCUGGAGUUCGAGGCCCGGACGCUGUCCCCAGGCCACACCUGGGAGGAGGCCCCCCUCCUGAUCCUCAAGCAGAAGCAGGAAUGGAUCUACCUGGAGACGCUCACCCCAGACACCCAGUAUGAGUUUCAGGUGCGGGUCAAGCCUCUGCAAGGCGAGUUCACGACCUGGAGCCCCUGGAGCCAGCCCCUGGCCUUCAGGACAAAGCCUGCAGCCCUGGGGAAGGACACCAUUCCGUGGCUCGGCCACCUCCUCGUGGGCCUCAGCGGGACCUUUGGCUUCAUCGUCUUAGUGUACUUGCUGAUCAACUGCGGGAACACCGGGCCGUGGCUGAAGAAGGUCCUGAAGUGUCACACCCCAGACCCCUCGAAGUUCUUUUCCCAGCUGAGCUCAGAGCAUGGAGGAGAUGUCCAGAAGUGGCUGUCCUCGCCCUUCCCCUCAUCGUCCUUCAGCCCUGGUGGCCUGGCGCCUGAGAUCUCGCCACUAGAAGUGCUGGAGAGGGACAAGGCGACGCAGCUGCUCCUGCAGCAGGACAAGGUGCCUGAGCCCGCGUCCUUAAGCAGCAACCACUCGCUGACCAGCUGCUUCACCAACCAGGGUUACUUCUUCUUCCACCUUCCGGAUGCCUUCGAGAUAGAGGCCUGCCAGGUGUACUUUACUUACGACCCCUGCGCAGAGGAAGACCCUGAUGAGGGUGGGGCCGGAGCACCCACAGGGUCUUCCCCCCAACCCCUGCAGCCUCUGUCAGGGGAGGACGAUGCCUACUGCACCUUCCCCUCCAGGGAUGACCUGCUGCUCUUCUCCCCCAGUCUCCUCGGUGGCCCCAGCCCCCCAAGCACUGCCCCUGGGGACAGCGGGGCUGGUGAAGAGAGGCUGCCCGCUUCCCUGCAAGAAAGAGUCCCCAGAGACUGGGACCCCCAGCCCCUGGGGCCUCCCACCCCAGGAGUCCCAGACCUGGUGGAUUUUCAGCCACCCCCUGAGCUGGUGCUGCGAGAGGCUGUGGAGGAGGCCCCUGACCUUGGCCCCAGGGAGGGGGUCAGUUUCCCCUGGUCCAGGCCUCCCGGGCAGGGGGAGUUCAGGGCCCUUAAUGCUCGCCUGCCCCUGAACACUGAUGCCUACUUGUCCCUCCAAGAACUCCAGGGUCAGGACCCAACUCACUUGGUGUAGACAGAUGGCCAGGGGUGGGAGGCAGGCAGCUGCCUGCUCUGUGCCGAGCCUGAGGAGGACCCUGUUGAGGGU